UCACAGGAUUACAACACAAUGGCUCCUGUUCCACCUGCCCUGCUCUGUAGUUUUAGUUGAUCACUGCAUAAGACAUAAUAGAAAUGGCAUAAUCUUUAAGUAAUGAAAAUUUCAAGUCAUGUAUUAUAACAUUAUGCUAAAAUGGGCUAAGGGCUCUAACUCAAAAUGGGCAAAAGAGCCAUAAAAAAACUUUACUUUGAAUUACAGUGUCAGUGGUCUAGUGUUAAAUUAAACUCAUUCAAACACAAGAAGCAAAAGAAACUUAAAAAAAUCACAAAACGGCUUCUGGACACUGAAGAUGAGCUCAGCGACAUUCAGACUGACUCAGUCCCACUGGAAGUCCGAGAUUGGUUGGCUUCUACCUUUACGCGGAAAAUGGGGUUGAUGAAAAAGAAAAACGAGGAAAAACCAAGGUUUCGAAGCAUUGUCCAUGCUGUUCAGGCUGGAAUUUUUGUGGAAAGGAUGUACAGGAAGAGCUAUCACAUGGUUGGUUUGGCAUAUCCUGCAGCUGUCAUAACUACACUCAAGGAUGUUGAUAAAUGGUCUUUUGAUGUAUUUGCCUUAAAUGAAGCAAGCGGGGAGCAUAGUCUGAAGUUUAUGAUUUAUGAACUGUUUACCAGAUAUGAUCUUAUCAACCGCUUCAAGAUUCCUGUUUCUUGCCUAAUUGCCUUUGCAGAAGCUUUAGAAAUUGGUUACAGCAAGCACAAAAAUCCAUAUCAUAAUUUGAUUCAUGCAGCUGAUGUCACUCAAACUGUGCAUUACAUAAUGCUUCAUACAGGUAUCAUGCAUUGGCUCACUGAACUGGAAAUUUUAGCGAUGGUUUUUGCAGCUGCCAUUCAUGAUUAUGAGCACACAGGAACAACAAACAACUUCCAUAUUCAGACAAGGUCAGAUGUUGCCAUUCUGUACAAUGACCGCUCUGUGCUUGAGAAUCACCACGUGAGUGCUGCCUACCGACUUAUGCAAGAGGAGGAAAUGAAUAUCUUGGUAAACUUAUCUAAAGAUGACUGGAGGGAUCUUCGGAACUUAGUGAUUGAAAUGGUGUUAUCUACAGACAUGUCAGGUCAUUUCCAGCAAAUUAAAAACAUAAGAAACAGUUUGCAGCAGCCCGAAGGGAUUGACAGAGCCAAAACUAUGUCCCUGAUACUCCAUGCAGCCGACAUCAGCCACCCAGCCAAGACUUGGAAGCUGCACUACAGGUGGACCAUGGCCCUCAUGGAGGAGUUUUUCCUGCAGGGAGAUAAAGAGGCUGAAUUAGGGCUUCCAUUUUCUCCACUUUGUGAUCGGAAGUCAACGUUGGUUGCCCAGUCUCAAAUAGGUUUCAUUGAUUUCAUAGUGGAGCCAACGUUUUCUCUCCUGACAGACUCAACAGAGAAAAUUGUUAUUCCUCUUAUAGAGGAAUCCUCAAAAUCGGCGUCUUGUAACUAUGGGGCAAGCAGCUCAUCCACCAUGGUUGCUGAUUCCCUGAGGCGUUCAAAUUCAAAAGGCCCCAUGAGUGAUGGGAGCUAUACUCCAGACUACUCUCUGUCAUCUGUGGACCUGAAGAGCUUCAAAAACAACCUAGUGGACAUCAUUCAGCAGAACAAAGAGAGAUGGAAAGAGUUAGCUACCCAAGGUGAACUUGAUCUUCAUAAGAACUCGGAAGACUUAGGAAAUGCUGAAGAAAAGCAUGCUGACACACAUCCAUAGGUCUGCACGAACUUUAAGAGUUCAGUUGUUUUAAACAUAAGAGGGAAAUGAAAACAGCAUGAAAACCAUGCGAAGUCCUUGACUUUCUAAAAUAUCAUAUUCUCCUCUUUGAACAUACAGUUGGCUCAGGCCAGUUUAGUGGACUCCUCUGUAAGGAAUAAGAGCAUAAAUUUCAGUCGAAUAACUGGGCAAAGAAGUACAUGAAUUGUGAUUAGGAUUCUGGCCACUGUUUCUGCCACUGUUUUCCCUCCAUAGUUUGGUCAUCUUCAAUCAAAUCAGAAAAUCUCUUAACACCAAAAGUCGGACAGUUUCAAACUUUUGUCAUGUUUAAUUUGUGCAGAAGAUAAACCGUUUCCCAGUGUGCUUCUUGCACUGUGUUAUUCAGAGUGCUGCUACAACAAAAUUUUAAAUGGGGGGGAGGAGCAAAAGAAUAGCAAAUCCAAAUGAUGGAAAACGGGGUUUUCUUGCACUGCUGGUGUGGUAAGACUGGCUUCUUUUAAAUGCAUGGGAACAGACGGAGACUCGAGGUUGCUCAGUUGUUCGUGAAAUCCCAGCAACACCGACCAUGAGAGCUGCCACACAGUGACUGGAUGUACACCUCACUGUGUCUCCAGCUGCGAAGCUACAGUGCUACCUUCCCCUGA